AUGACUUCUUUUGAAGAGAAAGUAAACUUGCUCCGUCAGUCAUCUGAGAAUGGCAGGAAGCCCCUACCACGGAUGACACUAGGGGCUAUCAAUAGUGAUGGCUCCUUGCACUAUGCUAAGACAUUUGGAGAGAGUUCGUUAGACUCUACUGAUACUGACGCCGUACAUUGGGUGGCCUCUUGUACCAAGCUGGUGACUACCAUUGCGGCAAUGCAGUGUGUCGAGCGCGGUCUGCUAGAUUUGGAUGGGAAUAUCGCUAAUGUGUUACCGGAGUGGGCAAGUCCUCAAAUCCUGACGGGCUUCGAUGCGAACGAUAAUCCCAUCUUUCGGGCAGCCACCAAACCUGUUACCCUACGGCGCAUGUUAACCCACUCCAGUGGUAUGGGUUACUUCCACAUGGAUUCUCUGAUGACACGCUAUCACGAACAGCAGGGAAGCCCUCCUCUGGUCCAAACAUUUCGCCAAUACCAAUUCUUAUAUUUUGAACCGGGUGAACGAUGGAUGUAUUCACCUGGCAUUGACUGGGCAGGAGUAGCAGUCGAGCGAGCUACUUCUAUGAAGCUGGGCGACUACUUGCAGCGCCAUGUUUUCGACAUUGUUUCCGUCAAGGAUGCGCCAUUUCACCUAGAGCAGAGAGAAGAUCUACGGGCCCGUAAAGUCAAAGCUUGGCUGCGCACAGAUCAUGGCCUGGAAGAAGAGAAGAAUCAGAUCUUCCCCGACCCCAUUGUGGAAGACGUAGGAGGUGGUGGUCUAUACACAACCGUGAACGAGAUGCUUAAGAUUUGUCAAGGUAUACUUACAGCACAAUUUCUGCGUCCUGAGACCAUUGAAGAGAUGUUCCAACCUCAUCUGGAGAGUGCUUCUGGCCUUGAGCAACCGGAAGAUUAUUCGUUCGCGCCGCACAAUGCCAUAUGA